AUGCCAGACACACGACCCCAAAAUGCCGCCGUGGCACUAAGGGACACUCCCCUGUCACUAGAGACCGAUAAUGGGACGCCUACCCGUCCACAGCCCCUAGGUUCCGAUCAGUUCGACUUCGCCACGAGACCCUCCUCCUUAAGAAGCCAACUUGGUCCUGAGAACGAAGGCCCCACCAGCACCGGCGAGAGGAUAUCUCACAGCACCAGUGGCUUCCGACCCCAACAUCUGACCGUUCAGGUUCCUCAGAGUCCCGGCCCUGUGAGCCCGAGGACUACGCUGAGCGACAUCCUCGAACCUUCUUCGGCUGGCCCAUCUGGGAAGAAUGUCCAGUUUGGACAGGAAGAGGAGAUAAUCCCCGACCCGACGCCUUCACACUCCCACUCACGGACCGGUUCAUGGGAUACGCGGGAGGCCUUAGGCAAGUUCCGCGGCUCCGGCCUGAUGGCAAAGCUGAAAGAGCUAGCUGGGCCCAUCAGCACGCCGUCACAACCGCCUAGGACCCCCGUGGGGGGUUCUGAGUUCCCCUCGACGGCGAGCUCCCCAACAACGUCACGACAUCCGACCCGUCAUGAGGGUAGCGACGACGAUGCGGACGCCGAAGAGACUGCCGACGAGACGACGGCGGGUCAUCCCAACAAGGGCAAGCAAAAGAAGAAGAGGCGGAUGCGCCGGUAUAGGGUUAAUGACCAUUCUUCCCUUCCUAACACACCGGGAGGUCCUGGAGCCGUGGAGACGCCGACGAGCGCCAAUGCCAGCGGCCACAAUGUUGCAAAUUCCAGCCCCCAUGGCCCACUUUCCUUUUUAAGGAGGACAACGUUUGCUGGUUUCGACGACCAUGGCUUCUCUGAGGGAGAGGGCCGCGAUCGCCUGUUCAGGGAGCGUCUCGCCCGGCGAGCUGCAGCCCACGGUCUAUCGAUUUCAAGAAUGGGCAUAGAUGCCGACGAUGCGGACGGCCCGUCGAGUUCGCGCAUGGGCUAUCAUUUUCGUCGCUUCUCAGCAUUGGGGGGAGGAGGAGGAGGAGGAGGAGGAGGAGGCGGCGGUGACAGAGGCGGUGGAGUAUCAGACGGGGACGCUAUGAGCCCCAGGAGGCCCUUCUUUGGGACGGAAAGAGCGUCGACUUUCGGCGCGCAAAAGUGGCGUCAAGUCAAGGGCGCACUCAAACUCCUGCGGCAGAAGAGGGAAGAGCAGUUCGACUUUUCCAAAUCCGCGGAACUCAUGGCCGAACUGCGCGCCGUCGCCCCCGCUGUGCUGAUCCUCGCCAGCAUGAUCCAGCGCGACGAACACGGUAACAAGAGGAUUCCGGUCCUCCUGGAGCAGCUGCGUCUGCGCAUCACCGACAGCCAGCCCAUCCAAGGCAAGGACAGCGAACGGCAUUGGAUCUUCACCGUCGAGCUCGAGUAUGGCAGCGGUCCCAGCCAGAUGAAGUGGACCAUCAAGCGCACCAUCAAGGACUUCUUGAACCUACACUGGAAGUACAAGCUGGCGCUGGCGAACGAGGGCUUCGGCUCGAACCUGGGCAAUCGCCCCAAGCAGCCCAGCUUCCCCUUGUCGGCCUUCCCCUACCUCCGUGGCGUGAGAGGGUUGGAAGAGGACGGCGACGAAGAGAAGGAUAAGCCUGCCGGCCCGAGCCACACCAAUACCACCGAUACUAUGCAGUCCGGCCUCCCUCAGCCGCCCCCGUCUCUGCAUAUCGCGGGAGAGGACACGGCUGGGGAGAACACUGCCGGCGAGAUAACCGCCCCGGAAGGCACCGAUGCGGAGAACAGGCCUCCCAGGCGUCGUUCCCGCAUGCCGUACCUGGGUGGUCGGCGCAAGCCGUCUGCGCUGGGCUCGAACGCCGACCUCAGCCAGGCGGCAGCGGACGCGGCGGCGCAGCGUCGGCGCUACGUCGAGAGACAGCAGCGCAUGCUGGAGAAGUAUCUGCAUGACAUGAUCCGCUGGCUGAUGUUUCGUGCCGACAGCAACCGGCUGUGUCGCUUCCUGGAGCUAUCGGCGCUGGGUGUUCGGCUGGCGGCCGAGGGCAGCUACCAUGGCAAGGAGUGCUACCUGCACAUUCAGUCGUCUAAGGGGCUCGAUUUCCGGAGAGUGCUGACGCCCGGCAAGGUGAUUGCUCGGCACACGAGGAAGUGGUUCCUCGUGCGGCAGAGCUACAUCGUGUGCGUCGAAUCGCCGGAGAAUAUGAACAUCUACGAUGUGUACUUGGUCGAUUCCAAGUUCCAGAUCGUGUCGAAGAAGAGCAAGAAGCAGGCGGCCGAGCAGGACGACGACGAUGAUGAUGGCGACGACAACAUCGAGAACCUGGAUCUGUCGACCCGGCCGCAGCAGAAGCAUCAGAAGCACCACACGCUCAAGCUGAUUACGUCGGAGCGCAAGGUGAAGCUCUUCUCGCCGAACCAGCACCUGAUUGCGCAGUUCGAGGAGUCGAUCCGCGAGAUGCUCAAGAACACGCCGUGGCACGGCAAGAACCGGUUCAACAGCUUCGCGCCGGUGAGGACGGGCGUGUAUGCGCAGUGGCUCGUCGACGGCCGCGACUACAUGUGGAACGUCUCUCGGGCCAUCAGCAUGGCCAAGGACGUCAUCUACAUCCACGACUGGUGGCUCAGCCCCGAGCUGUACAUGCGCCGGCCGGCCUGUAUCAGCCAGAAGUGGCGACUGGACCGCCUGCUCCAGCGCAAGGCCGCCGAGGGCGUCAAGAUCUUCGUCAUCGUCUACCGCAACGUCGAGGCUGCCAUCCCGAUCGACUCGGAGCACACAAAGUUCUCGCUGCUUAACCUGCACCCGAACAUCUUCAUCCAGCGAUCGCCUCAUCAGUUCAAGAAGAACCAGUUCUUCUUCGCCCACCACGAGAAGAUCUGCAUCGUCGACCACGACAUCGCCUUCAUCGGCGGCAUCGACCUGUGCUUCGGCCGCUGGGACACGCCGCAGCACCCCGUCGCCGACGACAAGCCAACCGGCUUUGAGCCCGGGUGCGAUUUGCCCAAGGAUGCCGAGCACUGCCAGUUGUUCCCCGGCAAGGACUACUCCAACCCGCGCGAGCGCGACUUCUUCAAGCUUACCGACCCCUACGAGGAGAUGUACGACCGCUCUCGCACCCCGCGCAUGCCCUGGCACGAUGUCGGCAUGCAGGUGGUCGGCCAGCCCGCGCGCGACUUGACCAGGCAUUUCGUGCAGCGGUGGAACUAUGUGCGUCGCGGCAGGAAACCGACCCGGCCGACGCCGUUCUUGCUGCCGCCGCCGGAUUGCAGGCCGGAGGAGAUGGAGGCUGUCGGGUUGACGGGCACGUGCGAGGUGCAGAUCCUGCGCUCGGCUUCGACCUGGUCGCUGGGCAUCACCGAGACCGAGGACAGCAUCCACUCGGCGUACAUCAAGAUGAUCGAGGACUCGGAGCACUUCGUGUACAUGGAGAACCAGUUCUUCAUCACCAGCACGGAGACGCUCAACCACAAGAUGGUCAACGGCAUUGGCGAUGCGUUGGUUAGGCGCAUUAUCCGCGCGCACCGCAACCACGAGGACUGGCGCGCUAUCAUCCUCAUCCCGCUGAUGCCUGGCUUCCAGAACGAGGUUGAUCAACAGGAUGGCACGUCCAUCCGGCUCAUCUUGCAGUGCCAGUACCGCAGCAUCUGCCGCGGCGAGCACUCUAUCUUUGGCCGGCUGCGGGCCGCGGGCAUCGAGCCGGAGGAUUACAUCCAGUUCUUUAGCCUGCGGCAGUGGGGCAAGCUGGGCUCGGGGCUGCUGACGACGGAGCAGCUGUAUAUUCAUGCCAAGUGCAUCAUCGUGGAUGACCGUGUCGCGCUCAUUGGCUCGGCCAACAUCAACGAGCGGUCGCUGCUGGGUAAUCGCGACUCGGAGGCGGCGGCGAUUGUGCGCGAUACCGACAUGAUCUGGUCGACCAUGGCCGGCAGGCCGUACCAGGUCGGUCGGUUCGCGCAUACCCUGCGUCUGCGGCUGAUGAGGGAGCACUUAGGUCUGGACGUAGAUGAGAUUCUGGAGCAGGAACGCCAGGCCGACCUUAUGGAGCAAGAUGAGCGGUUCAGGAGGGAGAUGGACGAGAUCUACCAUAGCGAUGAUCCCGAGCUGGGGCCCGUCAAGGAUGGACCGUCCUUGACGAGGGAGAAGAGGAAGACGACGGUGUCGUAUGCCGAGCCCGAGGCGCAGCUGCCUAGGAGCCCGACACGUUCGCAUCCUUCCGCUGGCCAGAGCGGGGACGCCGACGCAGAGGAGCCGAAGAGGCAGCGCAGGAAGAAGAGGAUGUCCUGGAGCUCGUGGCGGUCGACGGCGGGGAGGGAUGAUGAGGGGCGGGAGGAGGACUUGGGUGCUGAGAGAUACAGGCUGGAGGUGGAAGGCUUCGGGCCGGAUCACUGGCGUCAGGCGCAGGAGCAGGGCUUGGAUCAGGGGCGCGACUCGGUUAUUGUGGGGGGUGAGCACGAGGUGCUCGUGCAUGACGUGUCGGCCGAGGGUAAGGGCACUGUUGAUCAUCCCGUCGACGUACGCCGGCCUAAGUCCAGCGGCGGAAAAUCUGCGGCCGCAAUUGCUAAGGAGGAAGCUCUUGGGUCAUCGUCGUUGGCGGCGGCAGCGGUGGUGGAGCAGGAACGGCCACAGACGUCGCGCCGCGGAAGCCAGCCGUCGCAGUUCCAGGCUCAGACUUCGGAGGAAAACAAUAACAAUAACGGCGACUACUCGAGCAACCGCUCGCCUUCUCCCUCGCCGCUCUCUCACUUCAUUGCGUCUAUCCGGCAAGCCGACAUCGACAAGGACUGCAUGCGCGACCCGCUCGAUCCGGAUUUCUACGAGAACGUGUGGUGUCGCGUAGCCGAGAACAACACGCGCAUCUUCCGCCGCGUCUUCCGCUGCAUGCCCGACUCCGAGGUCACGAACUGGAGCGAGUAUCGGAAUUUUGCCGACUAUUAUAAGAAGUUCAAGCUCAGCAUGGAGGAGCUGAUCACUGGCGGGCGGACGUCGAGUGCCGGGGUUAUGGCUGCAUCGGAGGAGGCUGAAAAGGAGAAGGAGAAGAGCUUGGACAGGCAGGUUGCUGCUGGUGGGGCGGGGAUCGCGGCGCCUGGGCCUGCGGUGGUCGCUGGUGCUGUUAUAAAUGAGAAGGUUACCGGUCCGGUGGGCAAGGUUGCGCAAGCUGUGAUGAAUGAGAAGGAGGCUCUGAAGGCUGACGCUGGGCCGUACGAGAAUUCGAGUCUCAACGCGGCUAAUGGCAAUGGGAAUGGUGCUGGCAAUGGCAACGGCAACGGCAACGGCAACGGCAACGGAUGGAUUACCUCCAGCCACGACACCCUCCCCGGCUCAGAGUCCAGUCUGGCGCUGAGCAGCCGUCCUAGCCAGCGUCCCCGUCGCGAUAGCAGCUAUGCUCGUGGCAGGGAUAUCACCGCCCGACCGUCUACUACGAGAGGCAGCACCUCCUCUGGCGCGGCAACGCCAACCCCGAAUGCGGCACCGUCUAUGGAACAGCAACUAUCUCAAUCACAACCGAAGGUCACGACCCUAGCACCGACUCCCUCCCAACGCCGUGGAGGAACCGCAGGCGGCACCCGUCGGCGGGCGACGACUAGAGGCUCGCGUCGCGGCGGCGGGAGCAGCAACACGGGCACGGCGCUGGAGUGGCAGAUGCUGACGCCGCAGCAGGCCGAGGAGCUGCUGAAGCUGACGCAGGGCCCGCUGGUGCAGUUCCCGUACGAUUGGCUCGUGGUGGAGGAGACGAAUGGGAAUUGGCUUUUCCAGGUGGAUAUGGUGGCGCCGUUGGCUAUUUACAACUAA